AUGCUAGGGGAGGAUCUAGACAUUGGCUUCUACGCAGAGGACGCGUACGCGGCGUACGUGACGGACCUUGCGACAUCUUUGCACCUCGUUCCGCGCUGUCGCAAUGCCCGCGGUGCAACACUGGAUGUGGUCUUUACCGGUCCCUUCCUGGACGUGUCUGCGUAUGAGGAGGCAGUCAGGCAGGGGAAGCUCCUCCCUUACGCCGCGUUGCCAUGGUCCGUCGCCGAGGAACGGGGUGUGCAAGGGGUUUCUGGAGCGACUCUUAGCGUCACCCUGCAUGGCUGGAUCGAGAAGCUGAAUGCCGCACGCAAAGUGCAACUGAUGGAGCCCCUCUUUCCGGCUGCCGACCUCUGCGCGACAGUCGCAGAGACAUGUGUAAUGAGCGAUGGUGGCAACUCAGCGCCGUGCGCGUUGGCUUCGGCUUCGCCGCCACACAGGGCGGCGUCCGCAGGCACCGCAAACGAGAACGGCACUCAUCCCCCGCUCAAGCCGUCGCGCUUUCGCAUUCUCGGCAACCUGGAUUUCUUCCUGCACCUCUCCAGUCGCGACUUGUCCACAGCCGAGAGCAGCGUCCCAGUCGACUCUCCAAGCGCGUAUGAACGUGAUCAAGAAAACUCCAAUUUCGCAGGCGACCCGGAAGACGCAACGCGCGCGGCUCACGCGUGUCGUGAUGCACUCGAGCAGCGCGAUGACAUUACCCUAGCCCGUAACGCGGUGAACACGGUCAUAAAAUUUGCGCAGAUGGCGGAGGAGCACCCUGGUGAGGUGGGCAGCGUCUUCGUCGAUGCGAAGGAGCGUGUCGAGUACAUCCAGUUUAGCGCACACUAG